GGGUAAACGACGUCUUUCCUCACCCAAUCAUAUCCUUCAACCCUUUAAAACCCCAAAACCCUAAACCCAUUAAACCCCAGCCCCAGUCAUGGCAGAACCGAAUCUAGACCCCACCAUCCCUCCAGGCCUCCACCUAGUCUCCGCCUUCCUCUCCAUGGAGCCCACUAACACCUUACUCUCCCUGUCAAGAGAAUGUGGUGGAGGAUUGGUUACAGAGGGAGUGCAGAGGUUUAUUUGGGAUCACUGUAUAAGCAACGAAGCUGGUGAAAAAGGGUAUGGGCCUUACUUGAGGAAUUUUGUUAAGAGGCUUAUCUCUGAAGUAGAAUCGAGAAAUGGGACAGUUUUGGAUGAGUUAUAUGAACAAUGUGGUUAUUACAUGAGUUCAUUAAAGGAUGAUGGUCUGGUAAAAGGAAGCGCCAGGGUCCACAAAUGCAUUUCUUUUCUUUUUCCUGAUGGUUGUGAACCUCCAAGUUGUCCCAAGUCAAGCAAUCUGGUGGUUCCACUGCAUUGUUCACUCAACAUGCUUGAAGGAGACACUGGGUGUUCUGUUUGGCCCUCAAGCCUAUAUUUGUCGGAAUUUGUACUCUCUUUUCCAGACAUAUUCUCCAACAAAUCAUGCUUUGAGGUUGGUUCUGGUGUUGGUUUGGUUGGAAUUUGUCUUUCUCAUGUAAAAGCUUCCCAGGUUAUAUUAAGUGAUGGUGACCUGUCAACUUUAUCUAACAUGAAGCUUAAUUUGAAGCUAAACCAGUUGAGUGCUGAAACUGAUGUGCUAGAAAGAUUUGGCGAAGAUCCAAAUACAGUAAAAGCUGAAUUGUAUAAUAAAUCUAAGGUGAAAUGCUUUCAUCUGCCAUGGGAAUCUGCCACAGAAAGUGAACUUGAAGAGUACUUACCUGACAUCAUUUUGGGAGCAGAUGUUAUUUAUGAUCCAUCCUGCCUUCCACACCUUCUUCGAGUGCUUGUCAUUCUUUUGAAACAAAAGAAAGUGCACACUCAGACUUGGGAAGAGAGUUGUGAUGGCCGAUUGCAAGAUGCCAAACACAUUGAUGUCAACGGCGCUUCUGAAGGGAAAUCUCUCUAUGCCCAUGAUAUACAUUGUGUUACCAUUCAAAAUGGCAACAGAACUGAUCCUUGUCAAGUCGAGGAACUUCAUGGUGGUUCUUCAGUUGCCAGACUGAUGAAAUGUCCCGUGGCUUAUAUUGCCUCGGUUAUUCGCAAUAUUGAUACUUUUAAUUGUUUUCUUAAACUAGCAGAAGAAGCUAACCUUGUAAUCGCAGACAUAACUGAAGCGCUAGUGCCCUUAAAUUUGCUUCCAUACAUGCAGUCAUACAACCGAUCAAGUAUACGUUUAUUUACUGUAAAAUGCAAGUUAAUAAAGCAAGGAGAGGGAGAAGUAGAGGUGAUUCACUCAUGGUCUGCUCCAAGAUCUCUUAGCACCAGUCUCAUGUACUCUUUUGCUCAGAGGGAUGACAUGGAAGUGCUUGAUGAACCUCUCUAUGCGACUUUCCUGAAGGUAUCUGAUGUUGAAAGGCCAUACAGGGAGGAGCUUCUGUCCAAAAUGGAAUCUGAUGGAGAUAAGGUUGUAAAAGAGAUAAUUUUUGCUCCAGGAGAAAAGAAGUACCGGUUUUGUAAGCAUAUGUCAAAGCAACGGUUACCUGGUUUGCCCAGUGAUCUAAUGAAGAAAGGAAAGCACUUCAUAUUGAUACGUAAUCCCCUUGAUAUACUGCCAUCUUUUGGAAAGGUUGUACCUCCAUCCUUUCUUGAUUUAGGUUUGGCAGAGCUGGUCUCCAUAUACAAUGACCUCUGUCAGUUGGGAAAGCGCCCACCUGUUAUUGAUGCAACAGACCUUGCACAAAAUCCUGAGGCUACUUUGCAUAGUCUUUGUGAAGAUCUGGGUAUUCCUUUUCAAGACUCAAUGCUCAGAUGGGAAGCUGGUCCGAAGCUGAUUGAUGGAAUGUGGGCCCCAUGGUGGUACAAAAGUGUGCAUAAAUCUACUGGUUUCUCAUCAACGAGAAAGUAUCCUGAGCCAUUUCCACAUUCUCACUAUGACUUGCUGGAGCAAAGUCUACCUUUGUACAACUGGCUCAGACGCCACGUGAGACAGGCAUCAACCCUUUUGAAGACCCCCUUACCUCCACCUGACCUUCCAGUCCCUGCAAAUGAGAAGCUGCUUGCAUGGGUUGGUGAUGAAAUUCUACCCCGUGAAAGUGCCAAGGUUUCUGUGUUUGACUCAGUUGUCCAAGGUGGCGAUUCGGUGUGGGAGGGACUUCGAGUUUACAGAGGGAAGAUAUUUAAGCUUGAAGAGCAUUUAGACAGGUUGUUUGACUCAGCAAAGGCUCUUGCUUUCAAGAAUGUUCCAACUCGUGAAGAAGUUAAGGAAGCCAUUUUCAGAACAUUAAUUAGGAAUGGAAUGUUUGAUAAUUCACAUAUUCGACUAUCCCUCACAAGAGGAAAGAAGGUUACUUCUGGGAUGAGCCCAGCAUUUAACCUCUAUGGCUGCACCCUAAUUGUGCUUCCAGAAUGGAAACCCCCUGUAUAUGAUAAUACACAUGGUGUAACUCUGGUGACUGCUACCACACGGCGUAAUUCACCAAAUAAUUUGGAUUCGAAAAUUCACCACAACAACCUGCUCAAUAACAUACUUGCAAAGAUAGAAGGGAAUAAUGCAAAUGCUGAUGACGCAAUCAUGCUUGACAAGGAUGGUUUUGUGUCGGAAACCAAUGCUACAAACAUUUUUUUAGUAAAAAAGGGCAGAGUUCUGACACCUCAUGCUGAUUACUGCCUUCCUGGUAUCACUCGAGCUACUGUAAUGGAUUUAGUGGUGAAAGAGGGAUUGGUGUUAGAGGAGAGAAGAAUCAGCCUAUCAGAAUUCCACACUGCAGAUGAGGUAUGGACGACUGGAACAAUGGGAGAGCUCACCCCAGCUGUGAAGAUUGAUGGACGUGAAGUUGGCGAUGGACAAGUGGGACCUGUGACUCGAAGGUUGCAAAAUGCUUACAAAAAGCUUACAGAAAAGUCAGGAGUGCCCAUACCAUCCUAUCAGGAGAAUUAAAUAAUAUAUAUAGCUUCUACAAGACUGUAGACAUUGUGCAAGGGGGGUUGCUUUCAUUCCCACAGAAAGAAGAUUGUGCAGUUGCGUUUCGAUCGCCAGCAUCACAGUUAAAGCACUGCAGAUUUCAGAUGCUUGUGGAGAUGAUACCAUAAUCUUGGCAUUUCUCUGCAUGUUAACACAGAAGCUAAAAUUGUUAAUGUGUUUAGCAACACAGGACUUUUAAGUAAUUCCCUACAUCUUAAACUUCUUCAGUAGGGAUGUGUCUACUUAGCCAAUAAAAUAAAUCUCAGACUGUUAAAUAGUUUGAACGUGAUUGUGGCAUUUACUUCAAGCAAUGUUAUAGGAUAUAUUUGUGCGUUGGUUCA